CGCGCCCUGUCAUGAUUGGGCGCUACGAGAGGUAGUAUUGUAGGCCAAAAUAAAUACUACUCGUUAAGAUCGGUGCGUGUGUUUUCGUACUGACUUUCUAAUACGGGACUGUUAUGUGUUUCUUAUGUUGAACUGUACCGUACCUGUUACUUUGUUUUUCAAGAUUUUAAGUGAAUUUAUGUUGCUCGCCUGCUAUAUGAUUUCAGUAUACCUGUUACUUGUACAACGUGGGAUACUUGCAACACGGAAUAAUUACCAGCGGCUGCUGGAUACGAACACACACAGCGACGAUUUGCCAGAGAUUCAGUAUCACCCGACAAUACCUAGGAGAAUAUUAUCGUGAAACGAAACUUUAUACGAUGACUCGUACGCAACGAUUGAUUAAGGAAGAUUUGAGACGUCGUCAUUUACAACAAAGCGUUGAUAAUAAAUUCUCUAUUUGCUUGACAGUCUCGAUGACGAAUUUAAGUAAAACGGAAAACUCUGACGAUCUUGCGUGAAUGUUUUGGAGUGUUUUUGUAAUACCGUAGUCAUUUCGUUAAGGAUCGAAAGUACGCGGGCGGUACGAAAAGCGAACUGAAUUACGCAGAGGAACGAGUGUAUCGAUUGUUAUCGAAACCUAUGCAGAAGCAGUAAAUGUAUAAUACGGUUUGGCGCGAAAUUCAAAUUCGUUAUUCCCUUACGUCUUAGGAAGUUUUAAUUUCGCUUAAAGAUGAUUAUGUUCACUCGGUAAAGAUCUUAGCGAAGUUCGUAGAAAUCGUCCAUUUAGUAAACUUCGUCCAAUUCGUCUACGCUUCGAAUUAAUUGACAAUCAAGAAAGGAAGAAUGAGUUUCUUCAAUUCUCUUCAGCAGUACGUCACCGACGGCGUGGCCAGCUUGAGCUUCAGUCCCAAGAGGUUCUCAUUCAGCCGGGAAGAUUCAACAGCCGGCACUUCCGGUAGAAGUGGAUCUACCGGAAGUGUCACUUGCACGAAUGCCGACGUUAGCGUACAGCACACAACACCUCAUGGCUUUCCUAAGGUAGUACCACCACCAGGAACAGUAACGCCACCUCACGCGCGCUCUCUGUCGACGCGUAGGCGUACUUUGGAUUGUACUUCCGGUCCUAGUUUAUCGGUUCACCCUACAGCCAGCAGUGGAUCUGUGUCUCCGAGAAGGGUUGCUUCUUUUCGAAGAAAUGCAGCACCGACAGAUCGACCACCCCUUAUGUUCUGUCGGCGACGACCCUCCUGGCCGGAAGUCGACAUUCAAGCUACUUCUGGGGUUCAAGAAACCGAUGGAUCCUUUUUCGAGAGUUUUACGGCAUUAUCCUGGAAACAAGAAAAUCGACGACUCAUGGUUCUACAAGAAGUCGAGGCCAGAGCGGAAGAGGCACCGCCGUCAUCCAGAGAGAUGAAUUUGAAUACAUCUCAGGGCUACAGGCUCAGCAAGAAAGAGAUGGAGCAGCUGUAUAUAGAAGUUCUUUACACAAUUGCGAACACUGUGGGCGCGAGUACUGGCCAAUAUGCACAUUAUCGGGAGGAUUUAAACAGAUACGCGCAGGAGGCGUUUAACGUACCUCAGGAUCAGCAUCGACGAUGCCUAAAUAUCGCAUCCAAAGAGAAAAAGCCCAUAGUGGUACUCAGUGUCGUUGUCAUUGAGGCUGAAGGACUAGAAGCGAAGGACGCCAAUGGUUUCAGCGAUCCCUACUGCAUGCUUGGUAUUCAACCAGGAAACAGCGCAGGACCACCAAGUCCACAGCCCAAUUUGAGUGCGCAUUCGCCGCAUACACCACCUGCGUCACCGAGACAAGCUACGCGCGCCCUCUCGGACGGCGGCGAUAAUGAGAACUCGCAUCAUGAAAAACUUCGAAAGCAUCACAGUUUCAGAUUAUCUUUCAAACGCAAGGAGCAUGGUAGCAGAAGGGAACAUCGGGAAUCGUUAAGCGGUGCAGUACCGGCAAAAUUUAUUCGGGCAACCUCGGUAAAGCCUCACACACUAAGCCCGCGAUGGGAUGAAAAAUUUCGGUUUGACAUCGACGAUCUGGAAACAGACAUCUUGCAUCUAGAUAUAUGGGACCAUGACGACGAGUCUUCUGUAUUUGACGCGGUGAGCAAAUUAAAUGAAGUUCGCGGAGUUAAAGGACUUGGCAGAUUCUUUAAGCAAAUUGCCCAGAGCGCCAGAUCUGGAAAUCAGGACGAUUUUUUGGGUUGCGUAAAUAUACCAUUGGAGGAUAUACCUAGUACGGGUGUUGAAGGGUGGUACAGACUCGAGGCCCGGACACAAAAAAGUAAUAUUCAGGGACGUAUCAAGUUAAAAUUGUGGCUGUCGACGAGAGAAGAUCGGGGAACAUCCGAGGAGGAUAACUGGGGUGAACUCAGGCAACAGGAACGUCUCCACACUGUUUUUUUGAAUCAUGAAAUGAAUCGACAAGGGAUGGACUUCACAGGUGAAUUGCCACAAACUGCACUUACUAUUUUACAUCAACAUGCAGUGCAGGGGGAUGUCACGGAAUUACAACAAGCACUGAUCAGAUGGGUUGCGACAUCACGUCAACCAGCAGUCGACUCAAAAACAUUGCAUCGUCUUUUGCAGGACUUGGACAAUCUUUGGCCAACGGAUACGCUUUCCCGCGACGAGGAAGAAUGCCUGGCUGAUUCAUUCAAUGCGUUUUUGGAAAUAAGCUUGAAACAAGUGCGGCAGCAUCGAAUUUUAUUUCCGCCUUUACAUCGACCGGCCAUUGCUAAAUUGGAUUAUCUACUUAGGUGCCUGGGUCUAUUGUCGAAUAUGAAAGCUUUCUGGAAAUGUUGUCCGUUCAACAAGGAGAUACGUGGAGAAAUAAUUACAGCCCUUAGGAAAGGGACUCUCGAGUGGUAUGAAGAUACCCGUCAACAAACGAUGUGCCACGAUCAAGAACCUGAUCAAGAUGCGGAUAGAGUCCUUCAAGACUUUACAAACUUGGUUACGGCUCUGUUGGUUGAUCUGCAGCAAGGACUGCACUACUAUAACAGCCUUUUCGAAAACACUAACGGAGUUCCAUACUUCUCAGCGGUAUAUAAGCAGCUAGACAAACUGCUGGCGGAACACGUGGCGAAACACAUGGAGAACACAUCCGAGAUGCACAACGAGCUUGGAGCCAGAGUUACGGCAGCUUGUCUUCAAUUACACGGUCAGGAUAGGGACGAGGAAUAUAUUUUGCCACCAGGCGCUGAAAUAGGAACGCCGAUCUUUGAACUCUACCUCGCCCUUCAAGAAUUCGUGAACAUGAAGGAUCAUCUACCGCAAUCGGAUCAUAAGACUCUAGCAAUUUGCACUUACUACCAGUGGUUUGAACCUGCAGUGGAUAAAUGGCUUGACUUAGCGAAACUGAAGGCGAUGCAAAGAAUUCGAAGGUCUGCGGAAUUGAAUCGGAUAUGCACGGGAGAGCUAAUAGUGAAGCACUGCACUUCAGCGGUGGAUGCAACUGCUUGUUUUUAUCAGAUCAAGGAAUUUUGGAAACAACUUGCAUGGCCAGAUGUCCCGGGCUCUUACAACUUUGUACUGAAGAUAAUCGACGCAAUUUGCAGUUCUGCAGCGUAUUAUGCGGAAUUGACGCAUCAGAAAUUGGCAGAUGGCGGAUACUACGAGGAUCAAACGCCGUACAAGACCACUGACGAGGUAAUCGCCCAGAUGUGCGUUGCUAUUAACGGAUUGGAGUACGUAAGAAGAUGGUUGCUUAACCUGGGUGAGGAACUUCGAGUGGAGAAUGUAUUGGCUAGCCUGGAAGGUCAAGCCAGCGAAGCUGUGCGUUUACAGUGGCGAAAUGCACUGACAUUACCUUUGGAGCAAACACCUGGACAAAUGCUGCUUUUUAUAAAUCAGAUCAUUUCCAGAAUUGGUUCCAAGAUGAGACCCCCGCUGAGAAAGACUAUGUUCCAUCUCGCGUGGUCUCCGGACAGUUUGCCAACUUCAGAAGCCAUGGCUCCAUUAUUGGAAUACCUUGACCUGCAUUUGGUAGCACUUAACGCAGCUCUAUUGGCUACCAAUUUCACUAGGGUUCUUCAAGAUGUAUGGGAAGUCGUACUUGGAGAAUUAAGUAAUCAAAUGAAUGGAAGUGCCGGAGAUAAACCUGCGGUAUUCUACGACAGGCUUCACGAGGCGCUGGAUCUAUUAGUAGAAUUUUUUUAUGCCGAAGAGAAGGGUUUACCAUAUGAGGCACUCCGAUGCGAAAGUUUUCUUAAUGUAGAAGAAAGAUUGCAAUAUCACAAAACCGAUACUGCACUUUUAAUUGAUAGAUAUUAUCAACAACGAUUGCAGGACCAAAUAAGUACUCUCACUGCUGAAUACGGAGUGUUAACUGUAAGAGCGUAUCUCAAUCACGACUCUCUUUGCGUUGAGGUUCUCAAUGCAAGGGACGUCAUCCCUCUAGAUCCUAAUGGAUUCAGCGAUCCUUUCGUUAUAAUAGAACUGCUGCCAAGACGCGUUUUUUCUCAUUGCGCAGAGCAGCAGACGAAUGUUCAAAAGCGAACGCUUAAUCCGAUGUUCGAUGAGUGCUUCGAGUUUUCUGUCAGUGUGGAGCAGUGCCGUAGUCCAGAUGCUAUGAUACUCUUCACUGUGAUGGAUCAUGAUGUUUUGACAGCGAAUGAUUUUGCUGGAGAAGCUUUUCUGGGAUUGAGUAGCAUUCCCGGUGUGGUCGAUUCGAAUGCGAGUAUCGAUAAUUUUCACGGCCUCAAGCAUCAAGAGUUACCUUUGAUGCAUCAAAAGAACAAAAAUCAUCCAAUUCUGCAAAUUUUGGAAACUCGCGUGGGCGAUAAGCUGGCUUUGGAUUUCGUGAAAAAGCAGAAACAACGUUUCGCCACGACGUAAAUGAGAUGUCUUUGUAAAGCUUAAAGAAAUUUUACCAAAGAGAAUGCGUGAACGACGGACUAGGUUGCGUGAAAAGGAUGGACUUAAAAAGCUGGAAAAAAGAAAAAGGAACCAAUCAGGAUAAUCCAUCCUUCUGGAAAACGACGAAUUUUCUCAAAACAUUUUUUCGUCUAAUCUCUCUACACCUCUCCCUUUGCAAACUUUCCAAAUGCUGUGAAAAUUUCCAUUGAUAUGUGUAAAUCGUGUCUGUGUUGGAAGUCGUAUUUUAUCGAUGUUGGAAAUAGAGAGGCAGGGGGAAGCUUGGAAAACAAUAGAGAAGCAGAAAUUAAGGAGUCUUAUGAAAACUCGAGAAAAAGGAAACAAAGAAAAUACGUGAUGAACUAUUUUUUGUCGAUUCGAACAAAAAAAUGUCAAUAUAAGUUGAGAAGAGUUUGGAGACAAAGGCGAGAGAUCGUGUGUCAGAAAGUUUCGUUAAGAGAAAAAGAUCAAAUGAAGAAAAUAUACAAUCGAAAUGCCGAAGUGUUAAAGGAGGCGAAGGUCGAUGAAAAUCGGGGCGAAAAAAAUCUUAAAAGUUGGUGUGAUGUAUUUAACGAUAAAUGUCUAAAGAAGAUAGAUACGCGUAUUAUAUAUAUUAAAAUUAUAUAUAUAUAUAUACACACGUUAUAUUAAUAUAUAUGUAUAUUAUAUAUAUAUAUAUAUGAUAUAGAUAUACAUAUAUUAUAUGUAUACACGUAUAUACCGUAAUGAUUGUUGGUCGGCCAUCGGAUCGUUCAUAAGUGGAACAAAUGAGAACAAAACAUGUUGCUUAAAGAAAAAUUGUAAACAGUCCAUUGCUACACGAUGUAAGACUGUAAGACUAAUGGAAAAAAAAAAGAAAAAUAAUGAAAGACAAGACACAGAAUCUUAUUGAUUCAUGAUUUUGAAUCGGUCCGGCGGUUCGGGCCAAUAUUCAAAAAAGUAAAAAAAAGGUUGAUAAUAUUUUUCUUACUCGUCAUUGGCUGACGUUUCUUUCUAUCUUUCCACAAAUUCUCCUUCGUGAGAUAUUGCCUAAGAUACGAUUUAUCACUAUGCUGUAGCUGUAUCAAGUACACAAGUAACAUUUCGAAAGAAUAUAAUCAUGUUUGAAUUGAACUUGAAAUUGAAAGUUUUAUCUUUCAGUUUUCGCAACUUGCGGUCAUAUUGGACUAAUCAAGUAUCGUCAUCUAAUGGCAUUAUAUCGUAAUUUUGUUGCUUCGCAACAAUAAUAAUUCAAAAUUUAAAAAAAUCGUAUCCAAGGCAAAACUCCCUAUUUAUUAAGUAGUUAAUGGCUAAUGGCCGUCCUUGUGAUCUGUCCAUCAGGUACGAAGUUGAUUGCUAAAUUUCGAAGAAAAAUGCGUUAUCCUCAAUAUGAAUAAAAAAGAAAUGAGUAAUGACGAGAGCGCAUAUUUUACAAGGGCAUGAGUACACACACACCUAUACAUGAACGCAACGUCAAUUUUCUAAUGCACAAAAUUAAGGGAUGCAAUCUGACAUUCAUACACGCACAUAUCUUUUAUAUUAGUAUUAUCGUUAUUAUUAUCACUCAAUGCUAAUUAUUUUUUGUUAAAAAUCUGUUAGACUCUCUCGGCUAAACAUUUAAGUUCUUACGUAUUGAGAAUGCACACCUAUUGCAAUGUAAAAGUAUAUUUGAGCGCUAAUUUAAUGCAUUAAAAUUAUCAAGCUUCUAAGUCUAUUCUGGUAUUUACUCUGUCAUGAUCUUCCUUCGAUCAAAACUCAAAAUUUCAUUUUUAAUUUCUGAAAUGAGCAGAAGAAAAGAAGACAAAAAUAUGUAUUCAAUUAUCUUAUAUCGUGAGGCGAAUAAAUUAUUAUAAAUGUG